CCCGCCCGUCUUUGGAGCCCGGCCUCGGAAGUGCUGCUGUUUGUAGCGGGCGUGAUGGCUUCAAGGUUACUUCGCGGAGCUGGAGCGCUGUCCGCGCAGGCCCUGAGGGCCCGCGGUCCCCGUGGAGUCGCCGCCGUGCGCUCUAUGGCAUCUGGAGGUGGUGUUCCUACUGAUGACGAGCAGGCGACUGGGCUGGAAAGGGAGGUCUUGAUGGCUGCACGGAAGGGAUUGGACCCAUACAAUAUACUGGCCCCAAAGGCAGCUUCAGGCACCAAGGAAGACCCUAAUUUAGUCCCCUCCAUCACCAACAAGCGGAUAGUGGGCUGCAUCUGUGAAGAAGACAACAGUGCUGUCAUCUGGUUCUGGCUGCACAAAGGCGAGACCCAGCGGUGCCCUAGCUGUGGAGCCCAUUACAAGCUGGUGCCCCACCAGCUGGCCCACUGAAUCUUUGCACUAACUUACUCAAAAUGUGCUAUAAAGUUUCUUCUUUCCAGUAAAGACUAGCCAUUGCAUUGGCUCCUUCCCCCACA